CCUUCCUUCCUUCCUUCCCUUUUUACCUCAUCAUCCCUCUAAAUUCGUUAGUAGAAGAUUUGCCCUGUUUCUUCUUUAAUUUGGUGAUCUGCUCUCUUUCUCUCUCUUUCUCUGUGAGCCAAUUGGGUUUUCUCCAGUAAAGCAAAAGAGUAGUAGUUAGUAUAGUAGUGGUUGGAGGAGGAGGAGAAUUCGUACUGGGGUUUUUAGAGAGAGUGAUUGAAUUUAGGGUUUUUUUUUUAAAAAAAAUUAACUUGUUUUAUGAAGAUGUACAGUUAGGUGAUGAUGUUAAUCGACUUUUGAAGGGUUUCGAUUUGAGUCGCCGUCUAUUGGGUUUCAUCAUUUUGAGUCGAUUUGACAUGGGUGGGUGUUUUCCGUGUUUUGGAUCAUUAUCAUCAUCAGCAGCAGCAGUAGCAGAUAAACAAGGAAAUGGCGUGAAGGCAGUUGGGAAGACGGCUACUGAUUCAUUGAAGGAAAGUUCAACUCCUCAUUCUCGUCCUGUUAGUCGAACCACUUCAGAAAAAUCUAGAUCUCGUAAUAGUUCUGAUUCUAAGAAAGAUCCCAAGAAGGAAGUAGUAGUAAUUCCAAAAGAAGGAGCCUCUGCACAUAUUGCAGCUCAGACCUUCGCAUUUCGAGAGCUUGCUGCUGCCACAAAGAACUUUAGGCCCGAGAGCCUUUUAGGAGAAGGUGGUUUUGGACGUGUUUAUAAGGGUCGUUUGGAGAGUACUGGACAAGUUGUUGCUGUGAAACAGCUUGAUAGAAAUGGUCUUCAAGGAAACAGAGAGUUUCUCGUGGAGGUUCUCAUGCUAAGCCUUUUGCAUCACGAGAAUCUAGUGAAUUUGAUAGGUUAUUGUGCUGAUGGAGACCAACGCCUCCUUGUUUACGAGUUUAUGCCACUUGGAUCAUUGGAGGAUCAUUUACAUGUUUCAGAUCUAGCACCAAAUAAAGAAGCUUUAGACUGGAAUACCCGAAUGAAAAUAGCAGCAGGAGCUGCGAAAGGAUUGGAGUAUUUACACGACAAGGCAAACCCACCAGUUAUAUAUAGAGAUUUGAAGUCAUCCAAUAUCCUUCUGGACGAGGGAUAUCACCCGAAGUUGUCUGAUUUCGGGCUUGCAAAACUUGGUCCAGUUGGUGAUAAGACUCACGUCUCCACUAGAGUGAUGGGAACUUACGGUUACUGUGCUCCUGAAUACGCCAUGACAGGACAACUCACACUUAAAUCUGAUGUCUAUAGUUUUGGAGUCGUCUUUCUUGAAAUUAUUACAGGACGAAAGGCGAUAGACAACACCCGACCCCAAGGAGAGCAUAAUCUCGUUGCUUGGGCGAGGCCACUUUUCAGAGACAGGAGGAAAUUUCCAAAAAUGGCGGAUCCCCUAUUGCAAGGGAGAUACCCGAUGAGAGGCCUUUAUCAAGCACUUGCGGUUGCAGCCAUGUGUCUGCAGGAACAGGCUGCGACCAGGCCUUUGAUAGGAGAUGUAGUAACUGCUUUGACAUACUUAGCCUCUCAAACGUUUGAUCCAAACGCGGUCUCGUCUCAUCAGAGCAAUAAUAAUAACAGGGUUGGUCCAUCUACACCUAGACAUAGGGAGAGGCAUAUGUCGGAUGGAGUGGAUGGAUCUCCUUCCAAUAAUUACAAGAACUCUCCUGAUUUUAGAAAACGAGAAUCAUUUGGUGCCUCGGAGUUAAGGAGGAUAGAUACUGGUGGGAGCGGGUCAGGAAGGAAAUGGAGUAAUGCAGAUGAAAUGGAGGACCUUCAGGAUUCUUCGAGAAUGAGAGACAGCCCUGCAAGUGCUGGGAGAGCGAGGAAUCAAAAUCAGCAGCAGCAGAGAGAUCUCGAUAGAGAAAGAGCAGUGGCGGAGGCCAAAGUGUGGGGGGAGAAUUGGAGGGAGAAGAAACGAGGGAAUAGUAUAAUGGGCAGCUUUGACAGCACAAAUGGAUGAUGAAAGGUUCGGAAUUGUCUCAGCUCUAUUGGUUUUGAUGUCUGUUGGUAUAUAUUAUAAUAGUCUCUUUUCUUAUGUAUGGAUUCCAAAAGAGAUGGUUUGGUUUUAUGUUUUCGGCUUAUUGUAUUUAUAAUACAAGAGGGUUUUUGGUU